AGCCAGCCAACGCACCAAAAGCCACCCUUCUUUAAUUUGCACCCUCCCCAAAUCUCCUCCUCCGCCCUCCCCAUCUCCGUCUCCUCCUCCUCCUCCGCUCCCGUCCAUGAGGAUCAGGAGGAGGCCGCAGCAGCCGUCCCCCUACACCGCCUCGCUGCUGCACCACCACCACCAGCAGCAGCAGCACCGCGCAGAUCCGUCCACAUCCGCGCAACGGACCCCGCGGAACGCGGAGGAGCGCGGCAACGAGGAGGAGGAGGAGGUGGAGGGGCGGGCGAGGCCGCCGCAUCUGCAUGCCAAUGCGGAUCUCGGCCGCAAGCCCGCCGCCGCCAGGCGCCUGGCAUUGCCGCAGGACAAUGCAGUCGAGAGCCAGGGCGCGGCGGCGGAGCAGGGAGCUGGUGAUGCCCGCAGGAGCAGCAAUGGCCAUGGAGGCGACGCGGAGUGGAAGCUGGACGUAGCAUGCACGGGCGCCGGCGAGAGGGCGGUGAAGGUGGAAGGACAGGCCACGAAUGGCGUGGCGGCGCCGGCGGAGUUGUUGGCCGUCAAGGACGAGAAGAAUGGCAGCGGCGGUGCGGCUGGCGGGGCCAAGAAGCGGCGCGGCCCGGCGGUGCUGAUGGAGGGGUCGCGGUGCAGCCGCGUGAACGGCCGCGGAUGGCGCUGCAGCCAGCCGACGCUGGUCGGCUACUCCCUCUGCGAGCACCACCUGGGCAAGGGCCGGAUGCGCAGUGCGGCAGCGGCCGCGGCAGCCGGCGGGGGACGCGGAGGCCCGGGACAGCUCGGCCGCACCGAGCACAGGGCCAGGAUGCCCGUCGGUGUCGGUGUCGCGGUGACCACCGCGGCGGCCAAGGCCGAGGAGCCGGGCCUGCGGCCCUACUAGGCGGUGGGCGACGUGAAUUGCUGCUGCGUUUUGUGUGGAUAUCAAUGUCGGCGGUGGCAUGCAGGUGAGGGCACAUGGACAUGGGUGGGAGCAGCUGGCGAUCUGGGCCUGUGAUUAGUGGUUUGUGCACCUGCGCCUAAACUUGACCGGGAAUGCCCGUGUGUAAUUGUACCAGCAGCCGUUGCCAUCAUCAGCCAUGCAGCACUGCGACUGUGCAAGUGCAGGCGACGCUUGUCCUCUCGUGUAGAUCGAUCGAUUGUUCCUGUGGUUGGUGCAACUUUGAGGGGUCGUAGCAGGACUUGCGAGCGACGGAAAUAAUUGCUUGGGCAUUCGUAGA